UUCGUCACGUGACCAUUCUGAAAAUGGCGUCUCCGAAUGGAGGAGAUGAUUUUGAGUCUUCUUUGCUCAGCUUUGAGAAUUUGGACAGAGCAUCACCAGACUUAUGGCCAGAGCAGUUGCCUGGUGUUGCAGAAUUUGCUGCAUCUUACAAAAAUCCCAUUACAAACUCACCCCCUAAGUGGAUGGCUGACCUAGAGAGUGAGGACAUUGAAAUGUUGAAAGAACUGGGCAGUUUGACCACAGCCAACCUCAUGGAGAAGGUCAAAGGACUUCAGAAUCUCGCUUAUCAGUUGGGUCUAGAAGAGUCCAGGGAAAUGACCAGAGGAAAGUUCCUGAACAUACUGGAACGACCCAAGAAGUGACAGUGCAUUUUUCAAGCAACAGGACUGACAUUUAAGAUGACGAAGCAUUUAAGAUAUCUGUGCAUUAAUAUUUUUUUUUAGAAAGAUAUUUGAAAGCCGUUACUGCGUUCAGUUUAACUGGUUAAACCCUCAAACAUUUUGUCAUCUAGAUGCAGUCCCUUUUCACUAAUCUUUUUCUCUCUUAGAAAGUUUGAUCAAAUCAAAUGCUCAUUAUUUAUUCUUCUCUUUUAAAUAUUAAUUUCAUUUUUGUAACUCUUUAACUUGUAAAAUAAAGUUUUCAAAUGAAAAGAGAAAA